AUGCCUUCGAUAAGUGAAAAACCUCGUAUUGUUUAUAUUCAUUCUAAUUUUGAUAUUCAACAAUAUUCAACACAAUUUGAAUUACAAAGUGAACGCAAAUGUUUAUUUUUUCUUAAUAUAAUUAAUCCAUUCAAAGAUGAAUAUAGUACUACAGAUGAAUCUUUACAUCAAACAAUAGUUAAAAUAUUAUUAAAACAUCUGAAAACAGAAAUACGUUCACAAUAUAAUUGUUGGCCUAUGUAUAAUAUACCAUCAUCAUCACUUUCACUGAAAUACCUUUACACAACAAAUGAAAAUAAUAAGCAUGUUUUACCAUCGGAUAUUAUUUGUAAAGAAUAUUGUCAUCUUCAUGGUAUUUGUUGGCAAUCGAUUAAAGCUGAUAAAUCAUUAUAUGAUAAAAUGCGUGAAUAUUUAAAUAAUUUUCGUCUAGAAAUUAUCGAUGCACUUAAUGAAAAUAAAUUACGAACAGCAGUCAAUGAAGAAUCAGAACAGUAG